AUGGUGGACGAUGUGGUGGGGGCGUUCGCAGAGCACAUCGGCCGCAGCAGCGUUCAUUACACGAAGUUUCAGAACCUGCAGCAGAUCUUCUGCCAGACUAACUUGGAUGCGCAGGGGAUCCACGCCGUGCGCUGGCUCUCCCGUGGUGAGGCGGUUCAACGACUGCUCGAUGUACUCCUUGCAGCCAUCGUGGUGUUGAAGGACUACAAGGCGGAGCUGUACGAGGUGGUAACCUCGUUCAAGUUCCACUGGCUCAUCCGCUUCCUUGCGGAUGUGCUGUGGGAGCUCAACCAACUAAACCAACGCUUCCAGCAACGCCAGAGACGGCUAGGUUCUAGCAGCAAACGCUCGCUCUCCCGUCGACUCCCCUCGAAUCGCGCUACAGCCGUUCGAGCUACAGCCGUCAGCGAUGCGCCUUCCCGGGUCGCGGAUUCGGGGUCGAGCGGGCUGGACGCAGAACUCGCCAAGUCUCCGUUCAAAGUGAUUGUGGCGGGAGCGGGAAUCGGCGGUCUGGUGUUUGCGCUGUCGUGCAAGAACCGUGGGAUUGACGUGGAGGUCUAUGAGCGGGAUCUGACCGCGAUUCGCGGCGAGGGGCAGUACCGCGGGCCGAUUCAGGUGCAGAGCAACGCGCUGGCGGCGCUGGAGGCGGUGGACCUGCGCGUGGCGGAGGAGGUCAUGGCGGCGGGGUGCAUCACGGGCGACCGCAUCAACGGGCUCUGCGACGGCCUCACCGGCGAGUGGUACGUGAAGUUCGACACGUUCACGCCAGCGGCGGAGGGCGGGUUACCAGUGACGCGCGUGAUCAGCCGCAUGACUCUCCAGCAGAUCCUCGUGGACGCUGUUGGCGAGGGCAUCAUUAGAAACGGGUUGACCGUCGUUGACUUCGAAGACCAGGGCAAGCAGGUGGCCGUGAAGCUGAGUGACGGCAGCACGGUUUAUGGCGACAUGCUGGUUGGCGCUGACGGCAUUCGCUCCAAGGUGCGGGACUUGCUGUUGGGAGUGACAGAGCCCACCUAUUCGGACUACACGUGCUACACGGGCAUCUGUGACUUUGUGCCUCAUGACAUUGAGACCGUGGGGUACCGCGUGUUUCUGGGCCACCGGCAGUACUUUGUGAGCAGCGACGUGGGGUUUGGCAAGAUGCAGUGGUACGCUUUCUACAACGAGCCUGCUGGCGGCUCCGACCCCCCUGGCUGUCGCAAGCAGCGGCUGAUGGAGCUGUUUGGCAAGUGGGCGGACGGGGUGGUGGACCUCAUUCAGGCCACCCCUGAGGAGGACGUGCUCAGGCGCGACAUCUACGACCGCAUCCCCAUUCUGACGUGGAGCAAGGGGAGGGUUACACUCAUGGGCGAUGCGGCGCAUGCCAUGCAGCCCAACAUGGGGCAGGGCGGGUGCAUGGCCAUCGAGGACGGCUUUCAACUGGCCUUGGACCUAGAGAAAGCAGUGGAAGGGGCAAGAAAGAAAACAGCCAGCAAGGGCGGCGUGGUUCGGCAGCACAUGGACGUGGCGGGUGUUGUGCAGCAGUAUGAGGCGGAGAGGCGGCUGAGAGUGGGGGCGGUGCACGGCAUGGCGCGCACUGCUGCUAUCAUGGCCUCAACUUACAGGGCGUACCUGGGGGAGGGCUUUGCUCCACUCUCUUGGCUGGUGAACUGGCGCAUUCCGCAUUGGGGCAAGAUGGGCGGGCAGGUGGUGAUGAAGCUCUUCAUGCCCUCCAUGCUCAAAUGGGUGCUCACUGGGAACACGUUUGCAUUGGAGGGCCGGGCACCCUACUGCCGAAUCACAGACAGGGCGGAUUCGAAUCUGGCCAAGUGGAUGGAGGAUGACGACGCAUUGGAGAGAGCAACCGAUGCCGAGUGGUUCCUGCUGCCUGCUGCUGACCGCAUGCCCCUCACCGGCACCCGCACUGACUCUGGCCGCCCCAUCCUGCCUCUUGCCAUUGCCACCACUCCUGAAGGCGCCCCCCCUACCACCAUCACCUCUGCUAUCACCGUCGUUGGCUCUGCGGAGUGUGCACCUGCCAGCGGCACAGCGGCGGUCAUCUCACUGCCUGGGGUGGAGGAGAAGCAUUGCCGCAUUGAGAGUCGUAGUGACCACACCUUUUAUGCCACGGACCUCAGCCAGACCCAGGGCACCUGGCUUGUCAGAGUGGAUGGAGCGCGGUCAAAGCUCACUCCAGGGUCCCCUGAACGCCUGCAUCCUGGUGACUCCCUCCAGUUUGGACCCAACACCGAGGCUCUCUUCCGUAUCAAGCUGAGGAAGGCACAGGAUGGUGGAAAGGCCAAGGACGUGUUGGCAGUUGCGACUGCUUAA